GUAUUGUGGCCCUGGAAAGAAUUGAACAUGAUCAUGAGCUUACAUACGAGCAACUGGCUUCUUUAGAGACAAAUCUCUUCUCAAGUGGUAUGAUCAGAUUCCACGAUCAGAUAGCGAUAUGAGGAUUGACAUUGAUAACAUGUCAUAUGAGGAACUACUAGCUUUGGGGGAUGAAAUAGGUACAGUGAGCACAGCUCUAAGCGAAGAAGCACUCUCGAGAAGCCUCAAGAAAAGCAUUUAUCAAGAGACAGAUGAAACCGGUGCCAUUUCGCUGGAUAAGGAUGAUGAUAUCAAGUGCAGUAUUUGCCAGGAAGAGUAUGUUGAUGGAGAUGAAGUAGGGACUAUGCCAUGUGAACAUAUGUACCAUGUGAGCUGUGUACAACAAUGGCUACGGAUGAAGAACUGGUGCCCUAUCUGCAAAACCUCCGCUGAGGAAAAGUCGUAGUGAUGAUGCCACACCAAACUUUAGCUUUUGGGAUAUGAUUCCAAGAUGAUGCAGAGAUACAUCGCUUCUUCUUCUUAUUCUUCUUUUGCACCAAGUGCUUGUCUCUACAUCAUCUUUGCUCUCUAUCUCUCUUCUCUUCUGUACAUAAAACCUUUUUUUUUGGCCGGAUAGGGGUACAAAUGGGCAUAUAGAUCAGGUGACCAUCUCUUUCCCCACUUGUAUCAAAGCUCAACUUUUGAUUUGAACCUGAAACAUUUUGUAGUUUAUACUCGUCUUUUUUAUUUUCUUCUGAAGCGGAUAAAUAAACCUGCACAUUGAAAUUUAA